UAGUGCUUAUAUAUUUAAUAUCUUUUUUCACAAGAUAACGAAAUGUAUUUCAUCAUUUACAGUGCUUACUGUAUAAUCACGUAAUGGCAACGUGAAAACGCAUAAAAUACUAUAAAUAUACUGAAAUGAGUCAUGAGGGCGGCACUUUCCAUACGAAAACGCGUUAGUACCUUUGGCACGACGAGUCAGGGUCCCACCCGAUUUACUUCCACAAGCGCACAUACACAUACAGGCGCAGCUACGUGCCAUCUUGCUUUUUCAUCGGAAAAUUUUCCAGAAAUUACGCUCGAAAAUUACGAAAAAAUCGCACUCAAAUGGAUCGGAAUUUUUUUUAAAAUUUAAAUUUUGUGAAAAUACGUAAAAUAAAGUCAAGUUGGCUAAAAAAAUCGCCGCCAAACGAUCGCUGGAGAAUUUUUUCAAUCAAGCCAAAUGGGUGCGAAGCUGACGACGUAAAAAUUUUUGUGUGUACCAACGAAAGAGCGGAGAAAACGGACAAGGCGAGAGCGCAAAGCGGAGAGACCGAGGAAACACUCGCGCAGCAAGAAGAAGCAGCAGCAGCACCACCAACGACGAGAGUUUUCUCUCUGUAAGUCUGUGUGUGCGCGCGUGUGUGUGUUGGGGAAAAUGAUGGAAAAUUACGAGGAAAUUCGCCUGGGCCAUAUUAAGGCCAAGGAUCUGGGCGACCAGGUUCCUGACGCUUCACAGUUCUAUCCACCGGCCAAGUUUGAUUUUGGCGCCGAAAUUCUGGCCCCAACGUCUACGGAAGCAGAAUCGGCGGCAGAGGCAGAGGCAACAACAGCAACCAGCGAACUUGCUGGCAAAGCAAAUGGUGAAAUCAAAACAAUAACAUUGGCAGCCAGGGAAGAACAAGAAAAUGGCGCCAAUUUGGAGCAAGAAACCAAAAAGCCCCUAAAGCCAUUGGGCGAGGAUGAAGAGGAGGACGAGGAAGAGGAAGACGACGAGGAGGAGGAGGAUGACGAUGAGGAAGAGGUCACCGGAACUAGCAACGAGGAUGAGGACUCCAGUUCCGAUUGCUCCUCAUCCUCCGUUGGUCCCGAUUGCAAGUUGCGUUGGCUACAAAGAGAAUUUUACACAGGCCGUGUGCCUCGCCAGGUAAUUGCCAGCAUUAUGCCGCACUUUGCCACUGGACUAGCGGCUGACACCGAUGACUCUGUGCUGUGGGAUUACCUAGCCCACCUGUUGAACGAGCCCAAGCGGCGCAACAAGCUGUCAUCGGUGAACACCUUUGAUGAUGUCAUCAAUCUGGUAAAGAAAUCACAGAAGAUCAUUGUGCUCACUGGAGCUGGGGUUUCUGUUUCCUGCGGCAUACCAGAUUUUCGUUCAACCAAUGGCAUAUAUGCGCGGCUGGCCCAUGACUUCCCCGAUCUACCUGAUCCGCAGGCCAUGUUUGAUAUCAACUAUUUCAAGCGGGAUCCGCGACCGUUCUACAAGUUCGCCCGCGAAAUAUAUCCUGGCGAAUUCCAGCCGUCGCCUUGCCAUCGUUUCAUCAAGAUGCUGGAGACCAAGGGCAAACUGUUGCGCAACUACACACAAAACAUCGACACUCUCGAGCGAGUGGCGGGAAUCCAAAGGGUGAUCGAGUGUCAUGGCUCCUUCUCAACGGCCUCGUGCACCAAGUGCAGGUUCAAAUGCAACGCCGACGCUCUGCGAGCGGAUAUCUUUGCACAGCGGAUUCCGGUGUGCCCACAGUGCCAGCCCAACAAGGAGCAGAGUGUGGACGCAUCGGUAGCCGUUACUGAAGAGGAACUGCGUCAGCUGGUUGAGAACGGCAUCAUGAAGCCGGACAUCGUCUUUUUUGGAGAGGGUCUUCCGGAUGAGUACCACACGGUCAUGGCCACCGACAAGGACGUUUGCGAUCUCCUGAUCGUGAUCGGAUCCUCCCUGAAAGUGCGACCCGUGGCCCACAUUCCCAGCAGCAUCCCGGCAACAGUGCCACAGAUUCUCAUCAAUCGAGAGCAGCUGCAUCACUUGAAGUUUGAUGUGGAGCUGCUGGGCGACUCCGAUGUGAUCAUCAACCAGAUUUGUCACAGGCUUUCAGGCAACGACGACUGCUGGCGGCAGCUGUGCUGCGAUGAGUCGGUGCUUAACGAAAGCAAGGAGCUAAUGCCUCCACAGAACUAUCAUCAUCACCACCAUCAUCAUGUCAGCCACCACCUACACCACCACCGCCACUGCAGUUCUGAGAGCGAGCGGCAAUCGCAACUAGAUACGGAUACACAAUCUCUUAAGUCCAAUAGUUCGGCGGACUACAUUCUGGGUUCAGCUGGCACCUGCUCGGAUAGCGGUUUUGAAUCCUCCACUUUUACGAGUAGCAAGCGUUCCACUGCCGCUGAGGCGGCUGCUAUUGAACGCAUUAAAACAGACAUACUUGUGGAGCUAAAUGAGACCACCGCCCUCAGCUGUGAUCGGUUGGCUGGCGGAGUCCCACCAACAACGGUUGAAAGCUAUCGCCACCUUUCCAUCGAUUCCUCUAAGGACAGCGGCAUCGAACAGUGCGACAACGAAGCCACUCCCAGCUAUGUGCGUCCCAGCAAUCUUGUUCAGGAGACCAAGACAGUGGCGCCCAGCUUGACGCCCAUUCCACAACAAAGGGGCAAGCGACAAACGGCCGCUGAGCGACUGCAACCUGGAACAUUUUAUUCCCACACCAACAACUAUUCGUAUGUGUUCCCAGGAGCUCAGGUUUUCUGGGACAACGAUUACAGCGAUGAUGAAGAUGAGGAGGAAGAAAGAGGCGACAAUAGGCACGGUGAUCUUUUUGGCAAUGUACCGCAAAACUAUGAGGAUGACGAUGAGGACGCUUGUGAUCUGAACGCUGUUCCGUUGUCCCCAUUGCUCCCGCCAUCGCUGGAGGCUCACAUAGUCACCGAGAUUGUUAAUGGAGGCGACGAACCUGUCUCCAACAGCAGUCCCGGCCAGAAAAGACCCGCUUGCAUUCUAGAAAACCAGGCAACAGCCAUCCCAUCACCCACUGUUCAGAUGGAAAUUCCGCCCCUGAAGAAGAGACGACCUAGCGAAGAAAAUGACCAGCAAACCCAAAUAGAAAGAUCAGAGGAGAGUCCGCCUCCAGGGCAGUUAGCAACUGUGUAAACGUAAUUUUAGCCCUGCUAAUAGUGUAGUGUAUUUAUUUUAAAUGCAAUUUAAACCAUCUUGUAAACAACAGAAACAAUGUCCAGAGAAGCUCCGAAAUCGAAGCAGAAGGCCAUGUUACCAAUUUCAUUCCCAAGAAGUAUAGUGAAAUCCGAAUUGAAGUAUUUUUCAAUAUCGGUUUCAUGGAAUUUCCGAAGAAACGAAACCGGAACUAGGACCACUAGAUUACUCAAUUCGAGGCUUUAGACAUCUGACCCUCGUUGCUUUACACCUUAGCCCCUACGCCCCUUCCGUUUUGAUAUUUUUUUUAAAAGCUCUUAGUUUAUUUAUUAUCUCUUCAAAACGAAACGCUGUAAAUGUUAGUAUUUUAUUAUAUUAAGUUGUUAUUGAGGCCUUUUUAGAUAAACGAAAAAGAGAUAAGCGGAAAGUUGAAAAAUCCUCUAAAGAGCAGGGUUUCUUUGUAUUCAAAGAGAAGUAGCGCCUCAACUUUAAAUCUAGAUUUAAGCGUAUAAAAUUAAUAACUAUGCAACUACAACAAGAAAAAACAACACUUAUAAUUUAGUUGAGAACUAGACACAAACACUCUGUAUAUAAGCACUCGCCCUUAAUUUGUAUUGUACAUGAUCCUUUUUCUACUUUUUGUGUUAUCCCAUUCUUUUCCUAAUUCUAUCGGUUAUGGCAACUAUUUUCCAACAUUAUUACACUCGCACACACAUCAGAUUUGAUUUUAAGAAUAUAAAAUACAAGUUUGACAUUUGGUGUGCGUGUUUAAAAUGUUUAAUCAAAAACUAGCAUAAAUAUAUAGCCACCAAACGCAGUGUAAACUUAGCAGUAAGAAGUUAGUCUAUAUGUCAUAAAAGUGUAUUAAUAUUCAGAAUAUAAACCAAUCUUAAAAAACGA